AUGCGCAGAAGAAUGAAGCAGCAACGCCAAAUGAAAAACAACAACAGUCUCGUUAGCAGUGUUAGCAAUGGAUCCCUGAAGCCCCGACAAGCACACGUCUGGCCUCGGCACACAUACCAUUACCAGCCCAGCCUCUUCAAUUGAUCCCGGGGUUUUAUAAAUCCAUGGUGUCGGGCUCAUGAACUUGGCCAGUCAGAGCGGGGACGCUGGCGGAAGCCAGCUCCUCUUCGCCAACUUUAACCAGGACAACACGUCCUUAGCUGUUGGCACCAAAACAGGAUACAAGUUUUUCUCCCUGUCCUCUGUGGACAAACUGGAGCAGAUAUAUGAAUGUACAGACACAGAGGAUGUGUGUAUUGUGGAGCGUCUGUUCUCCAGCAGCCUGGUGGCCAUCGUCAGCCUGAAAGCCCCCAGGAAGCUCAAAGUCUGUCACUUCAAGAAGGGAACUGAAAUCUGCAACUACUCCUACUCCAACACAAUAUUGGCUGUUAAACUUAACAGACAGAGGCUGAUAGUUUGUCUGGAGGAGUCACUUUACAUUCAUAAUAUUCGAGACAUGAAAGUGCUGCAUACAAUCAGAGAGACUCCACCCAACCCUUCGGGGUUGUGUGCCCUCUCCAUUAGCAACGACAACUGUUACCUGGCAUAUCCUGGCAGCGCCAUGAUAGGAGAGGUGCAAGUGUUUGACACAGUUAACCUGCGAGCCGCAAACAUGAUUCCAGCCCACGACAGCCCAUUAGCAGCUCUUGCUUUCGAUGCCAGUGGAACCAAACUAGCCACAGCUUCAGAGAAGGGCACAGUCAUCCGUGUUUUCUCCAUCCCGGAAGGACAGAAGCUUUUUGAGUUUCGACGAGGAGUCAAGCGGUGUGUGAGCAUCUGCUCCUUGGCCUUCAGCAUGGAGGGCUUGUACCUGUCGGCCUCCAGCAACACGGAGACGGUUCACAUCUUCAAACUGGAAACACAGAAGGAGAAGUAUGUGCCAGCAGAGGAGCCCACCACAUGGGGAGGGUACCUGGGCAAGGUGCUGAUGGCAUCCACCACCUACCUACCCUCCCAGGUCACGGAGAUGUUCACACAGGGGCGAGCAUUCGCCACAGUACGCUUGCCCUUCUGUGGACAUAAGAACAUCUGCGCUUUAGCAAUGAUUCAGAAGAUUCCCAGGUUGCUGGUUGCGGCAGCCGAUGGUUACCUGUAUCUCUACAACUUGGAUCCGCAAGAAGGAGGAGAAUGCACGCUCAUGAAGCAGCACAGGUUAGACGGCAGUGCGGAACCGCCCAAUGAGAUCCUGGAGCAAGGGUCACAUGAUCGUCCGCUGGUGGCCCAGACUUACAGUGCUGCUGUCACGAAAGGUUACUGUGAAGAGCAGGGCGCCGUAGGUGGGGCGGGGCUUGAGGAAGACCUCAGCAACUUACGUUUGGAGGAGGAAAACGAGCAGCCGCCGCUCAUCCUGGAAACUGACUGACCAAAAACGGACGGCUGCGCCCGCCAAUCAGAGGGGCUCUAAACAAGUGACACAAGGGGGACGCACGCGGUGGUAGGAUCAGAGAGGGAAGGUGUUUUUUUUUUGUUUUUUUUUUUUAAUUUUAAAUCUGUGCUGUGUCUCUCCAAGUACAUACACCUCCACAUUUUAACAUCCUCCCCUCCUUUUUGUGCUCCUUCCUCGGUUUAGUCUGCGCAGGCCAAACUGACGCUUUGCAUGUACAUGUGCCAACCGCUCCAACAAAAAAAGUGUCUGUGAGCGUGUGUGUUGGACUUUGGAUCAAAAUAGAAAUGUAGCUGUGUUACACACACACACACACACACACACACAAUGUAAAAAAAGAAAUAAUUGUGCAAGUGCCUCUUUGCCCUCCUGUCAUGGUUUCACCUGUGUGAGCUCGCUCUGCAUUGGCUUAAUAAAAUCUAUUUUCUUUCGUGUCUGAUCUUAAUCGAGGGUGUGAACUUGCUUUUGUGACCCUUUCCUCUCUUACAAAGUGUGUGUGUGUGUGUGUGUGUCUGUGCUGCAAACAGCGUAUUUAGCUGACUUUAUUUUCCUCCAUUUUACCUCAUCGGGCACCCUCGCUCCCUUUUCCCCCCCUGGCCCGCUAUCAGUGGUCAAUGUUAACAUUUGAUAUUAUAGAGCUAUCUCAAACCUUCAGUUUUACAUGCAACGCUACGUCAUGCAUGAUGUUUGCCAUGGUACUGCGUCCAUACACUGAAGACAUUUUUAUAGGUGGUGACAGUUCUAUUAUGCAGGAUAAGCUUAUAAACUGCAGCAAUCCCGUCUGUACAUUUCUUAUUAUGGCAAGUUUAUGGUUUCUAACCAUACAGUCUAGGUCCAUGAUAUGUGUAUGUGAUUCCCAGUGAUCCUUUUUUUUUUGGUGACUGAAGCCACUCAAGGAUCAACAGGGAGGGAUUUGGGAGUUUUAGGCGUUUUCUAAUGAUUUUGUAUAAAAAAAAAAUGUGAAACGUUCAUUUGAAACUACAUUGAAAAUAAAGUUAA